CGCCCCGCCUCCUCCGUAUUCCAGCCGCUGCCCGCAGUAUAGUAUACUGUGGUAUAGCGAUAUUGGCAGCUAUGGCGGACGGAGCGGCUCCGGCACUGCUGAGCUCGGUGACCUUGUACUCCUUGGCGGCCUGUGCGGCACAGCUGGCACUGGGCUAUGUCCUGGCACAGCGGCUGGGGGGGAGGAGCUCCGCGACGGACAGAUGGGUGCUGGUGUGGCUCUUCUAUGAUGCUAUCGUACAUUUCACACUGGAGGGACCUUUUGUUUACAUGUCUCUAGUGGGAACGGUGGCCACUUCGGAGGGAGCGCUGGCCGCAUUGUGGAAGGAGUAUGGGAAAGCAGAUGAGCGUUGGCUGCACUCAGACCCCACCGUUGUAUCUCUGGAAAUCCUCACUGUAGUUGUGGACGGUUUGUUGGCUGUAGCAUUAAUUUAUGCCAUUGUGAAGGAUAAGUAUUACAGGCACUUUCUACAAAUCACACUGUGUGUAUGUGAAUUGUAUGGAGGAUGGAUGACAUUUUGCCCAGAGUGGAUAACUGGCAGCCCCUACCUUAACACCUCCAACUGGCUCUACCUGUGGGUCUACUUGGUGUUCUUCAAUGGCUUAUGGGUGCUCAUCCCUGGCCUAUUACUGUGGCAGUCCUGGUUGGAGCUGAAGAAACUUCAUGUCGGCAAAAGAAACCCUGGAAAGAAGUCUCGAUAACAAAUACAGCAUACUCAAAAUGUUAGGAGUUUUAAUCACUUAAUAAUAAUUUCCUUGUAACAUUUUAUUUUCGGGAAUGAAAGUAAUUUUUAUAUAUUUUUUAUAAACAAUUUACAAAUGUC